AUGGCAGAACAUUAUUUGUCACCAUCAAUACUAUGCAUUAUGUUGACUGCUCUUGUCUCCAUCACCGGAGCAAAAGUCCCGGCGAUCAUUGUCUUCGGCGACUCUUCUGUAGACUCCGGCAAUAACAACUUCAUACAAACCAUGGCUAGAGCCAACUUCGAGCCUUAUGGCCGCGACUUCCCCGGUGGCCGCCCCACGGGCCGUUUUUGCAACGGCCGUCUCUCAUCUGAUUUCACUUCAGAAGCUUUCGGUCUUAAACCGACGGUCCCGGCCUAUCUUGAUCCUUCAUACAAUAUCUCUGACUUCGCCACCGGAGUUUGCUUCGCCUCUGCCGGCACCGGUUAUGAUAAUUCCACCGCCGGUGUGCUAGGCGUGAUUCCUUUGUGGAGAGAAGUUGAGUACUAUAAGGAAUACCAACACAAACUAUCCGCCUAUCUUGGCCGUCGAAAAGCCGCAACUAUCAUCAGAGAAUCUCUCUACUUAGUCAGCAUAGGAACAAAUGACUUCUUAGAGAAUUAUUACACAUUACCAGACAGGAGAUCUCAGUACAGCAUCAGUCAGUACCAAGACUUCCUCAUAGGUAUCGCCGAGGUGUUCUUAAAGGAUCUUUACAAACUUGGUGCUCGGAAAAUGUCUUUCACAGGAAUCUCUCCAAUGGGAUGUCUACCACUAGAAAGAGUGACGAAUCUUGACGACCCUUUCAGCUGUGCUAAGAGUUACAACGACUUGGCGAUUGAUUUUAAUGGGAGGUUGAGGAGAUUAGUGAGGAAGUUGAAUCAAGAACUGGUUGGAAUGAAGAUAUAUUUUGCUAAUCCUUAUGAUAUCAUUUGGGAUAUUGUUACAAAACCAUCACGUUACGGUUUAGAGGUUUCUAGUUCUGCGUGUUGUGGAACUGGAUUGUUUGAGAUGGGGUUUCUUUGCGGUCAGGAUAAUCCGUUAACUUGUAGUGAUGCGAAUAAGUUCGUUUUCUGGGACGCUUUUCAUCCGACCGAGAAGACUAAUCAGAUUGUGUCUGAUUACUUCUUUAAACAUCUCAAGAAUCUCUUCCAUUGAUAUUUAUUC